ACAAGACUGGCGUCGGUAAUACAGGGUGAUAGGACACGAGUGCAUGAACAUGCGCAGAUGUCAAUGUUUACAGUUUUGACGUGACGUGGAAAAUAACGUAAAAUUGUGACUGCAAGGAAAGUGAUACUUCACAGAUUUGAAGGUAAUGUCAGACUCGGAGGAAGAUUUUGCCAGUGCAGAUGAAGGGGAAGUGGAAUCCACCUUAGCUGGCACUCCAAAAGUGCAACCAGAGGAGUCUGCAACAGCUGUGAAGAAAAAAGUUAAAGAACAGGAAAAAGAAAGCAAUAUUGUUGGAAGUGCUGAUAAAGGUGAAGUUGCUGCAAAGGGUGAUAAAUCAGUUUAUGAUGAUACUCCAAACCAAAGUAAAAAGGACAGCAAGAUGUCUGAAAAGGGUAUGAAAGGUCCAUCAGGCAGGGGAAAUGGAAAAGAAAUCACCAAACCUAAAGCAGGAGCUGCAAUAAAAGAAAAUAGUGCUGAUGAAAAAUCUAAGCAAAAACCUCAAAGUAGUAAGAGUAAGAAGGGAAAGCAGAAAGGUGGAAAAGGUAAAACUGUUCAGAGUGAAGGAGACUCGCGUUCUAAUAGGAAAGACUUUGAUAAAAAUACUGGUAACAAAAAUUCUGUUGACAUUUGUGAAGGAGCUGCUGUUAAAGUAAAAAAUGAAGAGAAAAUUGAAAAUACUGAUGAAAUCCUUAAACCUGAAGCAAACGAAUCUAUGAACAUUGAAAAGAAAAAUGAGAACAGAAGUGAAAAGGAAACUGAAAAUUCUAAGGAUUUGAAAUUAGAAAGUGUUAAAGUUACUGCCACACCAUCAGACAAAGAUAUUGAUCUUGAAAGUACACCAAAAGAAAAAAAGGAAAUAGUAACAGAUUCAUUGGAAAGCUUGGCACUGGAGCAAAAAGCGAACAUGAUAAAAUCACCAUCAUCACAAAGCAUAACAAGACCAGAGCCAGAUCAUACUGAGAAAGAGGAUGCAGUCCUUAAUAAGCUAGCUGAAGCUGCAAAUGAAACAAAGGGUGGCUGGGGCUGGGGUUGGGGAUCUUCACUUCUGGAGGUAGCAUCUAGCUCUGUGUCAACAUUUACUAGUCAAGUUGAAUUUAGGUGUCCAUGGCAGCUAAAAGAAAAACUGUAAACAGAGAAAAGAGAC